AUGUGUUUCCUACACCAAGUAUUAACUAGCAGGACAGUCUGCUCAUAUCUAUCUAUCUAUCUCAGUCUGUUCAUAUCUAUCUAUCUGUUAAUAUCGAUUCUAUGUAUCUAUCUAUCUCAGGCUGCUCGUAUUUAUCUCUCUAUCUCAGUAUGCGCAUAUCUAUCUAUCUAUCUAUCUAUCUAUCUAUCUAUCUAUAUGAGUGUGUUCAUUGUCUAUCUAUUUAUCUAUCUAUUUUGCUCUGUUGCAUUAUCUAUCUAUCUAUCUAUCUCACUCUGUUCAUAUCUAUCUCUCUUACUCCGUUCAUAUCUAUCUAUCUAUCUAUCUAUCUAUCUAUCUCCCUCUGUUCAUAUCUAUCUAUCUAUCUAUCUAUCUAUCUAUCUAUCUAUCUAUCUAUCUAUCUCAGGCUGCUCGUAUAUAUCUCUCUAUCUCAGUAUGCGCAUAUCUAUCUAUCUAUCUAUCUAUUCAUCUAUCUAUCUAUCUAUCUCACACUGUUCAUAUCUAUCUCCCUCUGUUCAUAUCUAUCUAUCUAUCUAUCUAUCUAUCUAUCUAUCUAUAUCUAUCAUCUAUCUGCUCUGUUCAUAUCUAUCUAUCUAUCUAUCUCACUCUGUUCAUAUCUAUCUAUCUAUCUAUCUAUCUAUCUAUCUAUCUAUCUAUCUCACACUGUUCAUAUCUAUCUCUCUUACUCCGUUCAUAUCUAUCUAUCUAUCUAUCUAUCUAUCUAUCUAUCUAUCUAUCUCAGGUUGCUGGUAUCUCAUUCUGCUGAUAUAUAUCUAUCUAUCUACUUCUCACUCUUUCUCCCGUGUUUUGAACAAUCUUUGUUUCUCUUUCUUUCUUUCUUUCUUUCUUUCUUUCUUUCUUUCUUUCUUAAGUCUAUCUCUUUAUCCUAAUUCUUUCUUUCUUUCCUUCUUCUCCCUCUUUAUCCUCACGCUUUCUUUCUUUCCCUUUAUCCUCACUCUUUCUUUCUUUCUUUCUUUCUUUCUUUCUUUCUUAAGUCUCUCUCUUCAUCUUAACUUUUUCUUUCUUUCCUUCUUUCUUUCUACUUUUCUUAGUUAUCCAUUUUCUUUCCUUCUUUCGACUUUCUUUCUUUAUUUAUUUCUUAGUAAUCCCUCUUUAUCCUCACCCUUUUUUCUUUCUUUCUUUUUAUCAUCACUCUUUUUUAUUUAUUUCUUUCAUUAUUUCUUUCUUCUUUUCUUUCUUUCUUUCUUUCUUUCUUUAAUCUCCCUGUUUAUCAUCACUCUUUCUUUCUUUCUUUUUUUGAUCUCCCUGGUUAUCAUCACCCUUUCUUUCUUUCUUUCUUUCUUUCUUUCUUUCUUUCUUUCUUUCUUUCUUUCUUUCUUUUCAGCUGUGUAUGCCAAUAGGACAUCUACUAUCGAGGCAGGAGUUUCUUUUUGUUUGGCAACCAUUCCUUCUUUCUUUCGUCCCUUCGACAAAAAAACACCAUUCAUUUGUUCUUAUCAUCACGCUUUCUUCGCUCUCUUUUCAUUAUCUAUCUAUCUAUCUAUCUAUCUAUCUAUCUAUCUAUCUAUCUAUCUAUCAUUUUCUUUUCUCAUUUUCAUUUUCGCCUGCAUUACCGGAAACCCUUCCGCCAUAUUUGAUAUUCUUUUUCAUUGUCUUUAUGGCUACGUUAUGAUUGCUUCACUUAUCAGCAUUCUUCACCCAGGCACAAUAUUGUUUCGGCAUUUUCGUGCCGCUUACCUUCAUGGGUCUCCACACAUUCUUGUAGCUCGUAGCUCGAAGAAGUGUUUAUCUUGUGACGAGUAA